CAAAAACGGGGCUUGAAAACGGAUUGCUUUCCUGUGUCUGUGAAUUCUCCGGGUGGUCAGUUUCUUUUCCCCUCUCAGCUGUCAGCUGCUCUGGAGAUUAGUUUCAUAGUAAGGAUUCUUUCUUUAAAGCAAUAUGAAGCGACUACUUUCACGGGGGCACCAGGAGACAGAGAGCUGACUCCGAGGAGGAAGAGGAGGAGCCAGGCUAUACACAAGUUUUGCAGCAAGGGGCAGCCCCUUUGCUUUUACCCUGUCUCAAGCCAACAUGUCACUGAAAAAUGAGCCAAGAGUAAAUACCUCUGCACUGCAGAAAAUCGCUGCUGACAUGAGUAAUUUGAUAGAAAAUCUGGACACGCGAGAGCUCCACUUUGAGGGAGAGGAGGUGGACUACGAUCUGUCUCCCAGCGAUCCCAGGAUACAGGAAGUGUAUAUUCCUUUCUCUGCGAUUUAUAAGACUCAAGGAUUUAAGGAGCCUAAUAUACAGACGUAUCUCUCCGGCUGCCCAAUAAAAGUUCAAGUUCUGGAAGUGGAGCGCUUUACAUCUACAAAAAGGGUACCAAGUGUCAAUCUUUACACUAUUGAAUUAACACAUGGGGAAUUUAAAUGGCAAGUGAAGAGAAAGUUCAAGCACUUUCAAGAAUUUCACAGAGAACUGCUCAAGUACAAAGCCUUUAUCCGAAUCCCCAUUCCCACCAGAAGACACACAUUUAGAAGACAGAAUGUCAAAGAAGAGCCUCGAGAGAUGCCAGCUUUGCCCCGCACAUCUGAAAACAUGAUCCGGCAAGAAGAACAGUUCUUUAGUAGAAGGAAACAGCUCGAAGAUUACUUGACAAAGUUACUAAAAAUGCCCAUGUAUAGAAACUAUCAUGCAACAACAGAAUUUCUUGAUAUAAGCCAGCUGUCUUUCAUCCAUGAUUUGGGACCAAAGGGCAUAGAAGGUAUGAUAAUGAAAAGAUCCGGAGGACACAGAAUACCAGGCCUGAAUUGCUGUGGCCAGGGGAGAGCCUGCUAUCGGUGGGCAAAGAGGUGGUUGAUAGUAAAAGAUUCCUUUUUACUGUAUAUGAAACCAGACAGUGGUGCUAUUGCCUUCGUCCUGCUGGUGGAUAAAGAAUUCAGAGUUAUGGUGGGGAGGAAGGAGACAGAGACGAAAUAUGGACUCCGAAUUGAUAAUCUUUCAAGGACACUGAUUUUAAAAUGCAACAGCUACAGACAUGCUCGGUGGUGGGGAGGGGCUAUAGAAGAAUUCAUCCAGAAGUAUGGCCCUGACUUUCUCAAAGAUCAUCGAUUUGGGUCAUAUGCUGCUAUCCAAGAGAACACUUUAGCUAAAUGGUAUGUUAAUGCCAAAGGAUAUUUUGAAGAUGUGGCAAAUGCAAUGGAAGAGGCAAAAGAAGAAAUAUUUAUCACAGAUUGGUGGUUGAGUCCAGAAAUCUUCCUGAAACGUCCGGUGGUUGAAGGAAAUCGUUGGAGGUUGGACUGCAUUCUUAAGCGAAAAGCACAACAGGGGGUAAGGAUCUUCAUUAUGCUCUACAAAGAGGUGGAACUCGCCCUUGGAAUCAAUAGUGAAUACAGCAAGAGGACUCUGAUGCGUCUACACCCCAACAUAAAGGUGAUGAGGCACCCGGAUCACGUGUCAUCCAGCGUAUACCUGUGGGCUCAUCAUGAGAAACUCGUCGUCAUCGACCAGUCGGUGGCCUUUGUGGGUGGGAUUGACCUGGCUUACGGGAGGUGGGAUGACAACGAACACAGACUCACGGAUGUGGGCAGCGUGAAGCGCGUCAUCGGGGGACCAUCUCUGGGUUCCCUCACAGCUGAAACAACAGAGUCUAUGGAAUCCUUAUGCCUCAAAGAUAAAAACGAAUCUAAUAAAGAUCUGCCCAUCCUGAACCCUCCGGAUGAUGCAACUUCAAAACUGAAAGGAAUAGGAAAGCCCAGCAAGUUCUCCAAAUUCAGUCUCUACAGGCAGCUGCACAGACACCAUCUGCAUGACACAGACAGCAUCAGCAGCAUCGACAGCGCCUCCAGUUAUUGUAAUCACUGUAGGAGUCGUCAGAAUCUAAUCCAUGGUUUAAAGCCCCACUUGAAAUUCUUUCGCUCUUCCAGUGAGUCUGAGCAGGGGCUUACUAGACCUAACGUUGACACAGCCUCCCUCCAAAGUGUACAGACACGUGUAGGAGAGCUACAUGGGGAAACCAGAUUCUGGCAUGGAAAAGACUACUGCAAUUUUGUUUUCAAAGACUGGGUUCAACUCGAUAAACCUUUUGCUGAUUUCAUUGACAGGCACUCCACCCCCCGGAUGCCAUGGCAUGACAUAGCCUCUGCAGUCCACGGGAAGGCAGCUCGCGACGUGGCCCGUCACUUCAUCCAGCGCUGGAACUUCACGAAGAUUAUGAAACCAAAAUAUCGGUCCCUUUCUUACCCUUUUCUGCUUCCAAAAUCUCAAACAACAGCCCACGAGCUGAAAUACCAAGUGCCUGGGUCUGUCCAUGCUAAUGUACAGUUACUCCGCUCUGCCGCUGAUUGGUCUGCUGGUAUCAAGUACCAUGAAGAAUCCAUCCAUGCUGCUUACGUCUAUGUGAUAGAGAACAGCAAGCACUACAUCUAUAUAGAAAACCAGUUUUUCAUAAGCUGCGCAGAUGACAGAGUUGUGUUCAACAGGAUUGGCAAUGCCAUUGCUCAGAGGAUACUUAAAGCUCACAGGGGAAGCCAGAGAUACCGGGUGUAUGUCGUGAUACCACUUCUGCCAGGUUUUGAAGGAGACAUUUCAACCGGUGGAGGAAAUGCUCUACAGGCAAUAAUGCACUUCAACUACAGAACCAUGUGCAGAGGAGAAAAUUCCAUCCUUGGACAAUUAAAAGCAGAGAUUGGCAAUCAGUGGAUAAAUUAUAUAUCCUUCUGUGGUCUUAGAACACAUGCAGAGCUUGAAGGAAACCUAGUCACUGAGCUUAUCUAUGUCCACAGCAAGUUGCUAAUUGCUGAUGACAACACUGUUAUUAUUGGCUCUGCCAACAUAAAUGACCGAAGCAUGCUGGGAAAACGAGACAGUGAAAUGGCAGUCAUUGUGCAGGACACAGAGACGGUCCCUUCAGUAAUGGAUGGAAAAGAGUACCAAGCUGGUCGGUUUGCCCAAGGACUUCGGCUUCAGUGCUUUCGGGUUGUCCUUGGCUAUCUUUCUGGCCCCAGUGAAGACAUUCAGGAUCCAGUGAGUGACAAAUUCUUCAAGGAGGUGUGGGUUUCAACAGCAGCUCGAAAUGCUACAAUUUAUGAUAAGGUGUUCCGGUGCCUUCCCAAUGAUGAAGUACACAAUUUAAUUCAGCUGAGAGACUUUAUAAGCAAGCCCAUAUUAGCAAAGGAGGAUCCCAUUAGAGCUGAGGAAGAACUGAAAAAGAUCCGUGGGUUCUUGGUGCAAUUCCCCUUUUAUUUCUUGUCUGAAGAAAACCUACUGCCUUCUGUUGGAACCAAGGAAGCCAUGGUGCCCAUGGAGGUUUGGACUUAAGCGUUAUACUUGUUUGCAACUCAGAGACUUCCACUCUGAAGAGUACACGUCACAUUCUGUCUUUCUGGAGACCUAAUAGACAAAGCCAGACCCAGAGCACACAUCCACCCCUUGGAUUGCAACUCUUUGAGUUGACUUGGAAGGGCUGCAGUCAUACUGAUGUAAGGACAAUGAACAUCAGCAUGGCUUUAUAAUUCCUCGUGCCUCUCCUUGUGAAAAAGGGACUGCGUUCUUAGGUAGUAUAUACCCAACAGCUUCAACACAUAUUUCAUUUCCGUGAUGUAUACCAAAGUGCAUUUUCUUUGCUAACAAGAAUUUAUCUGUAACUGUGAUCUACGUUGCCAAAAGUUGUCUGAACCUCCUUAAUUUCCUCUGACCCUCACACAUGCAGCUGUUGUUUGCUGGACCUGCCUUCAUCUUGUAAUCCAUACAGGCUCUGUUUCACAGAAUGUUUACUGCUAGAAGAUGUUGUGAUGCUGCUCUGAGAUUCUUGAAGGUUCCGUGGGAUGCUCUGCCCAUCUGGUCCUGGAGUUGUGGUGUGCACCCAGCCAAGGAUGUGGUCCUUCUUCCCUUCCAGUGACUGAAAGGACAGGACAGACCUUAGUCUACACAGCAGCCCAUGUUAGGUACUUCUGAUAAUAUUGAUAGUAUGUAUCUUGACACGACAGAGCAAUUAAAUUUGAUUAUUACAGCAGAGAUUUCACUUUACCUCCAAAGGCACUGACAAGAUGUAUCCUUAUGAUAGGGCCUACCAGAUCAGAUUUGAAAACAUGUGUAGGAUAUUUGAUUACACAGCAACCCAUAAAACUCAAAGACAGAGCAUACAGCCUUCAGAAAUCACCAACAUGUUGGUAGGAAUCAGAUUCAGAUAAGGAAAGAACAUUUCUUACAGUCCUGUAAAAUUUCCUGCCAUCCAUAGCUGCCAGAUUGAAAUUGGAGUUUCUACAUCUCAAAAUAAAACCAGCAAAUACAACUUGUCUUUCAAGAGAAUCAGGGGCUUCAUAACUCACGCCAAGUGAAUGAGUAUGAGCCCAGCCUUAUUUGACAUUCAGCUCUCCAGCUAUGCUACCUUCUAGAAGAAAAAUUGAUUGUAAAAUACAUGCACCAUCUCUUGCAUUAUUAAAUAAGCAUUAACAUUCCACUACAGUUCCAAAGAGGUUAGGGUUAUUUAUUAAUUCACACUAUCCUCAUCUGUGAAUUGUUCAGGAAAUCCAUUUCUCCUUUUUGGAUGUUAACAUACCCUUUGAUACCCCAUAGCUCUAGUUUUAUUAUGCAGAACUACUCUUACAACUUGAAGAACUAAUAUGGGUUCCCAACAGGCCAUAAAAUAUGGUAUAGAUGGGGCUUCCCUGCUGGCUCAGACAGUAAAGAAUCUGCCUGCAAUGCAGGAGAUCUGGGUUCAAUGCCUGGGUCAGGAAGAUCCACUAGAGAAGGGAAUGGCAACCCACUCCAGUAUUCUUGCCUGGAGAAUCCCGUGGACAGAGGAGCCUGGCAGACUAUAGUCCAUGGGGUCACACGACUGAGUGACUAACACUUUCACUUUCACACUUACACUGAGUGCAAUAAUUACACCUUUAUGGGUUACCUGGACAGAAUCUCGUCCAAAGAAGUAAGGAUCCAUACCUGUUUCAUAGAGCUGGUAGUCCAGUCAGUCAGUCAGUUCAGUUCCGUUCAGUCGCUCAGUCGUGUCUGACUCUUUGCAACCCCACGAAUCGCAGCAUGCCAGGCCUCCCUGUCCAUCACAAACUCCCGGAGUUUACUCAAAUUCAUGCCCAUCGAGUUGGUAGUCCAGUAGAAAAGACUAAAUAGGAACAUAAAGCCAGUGAAACAUAAAGUCAGUUAGCAGGAAAGAGACAGUGUUACAUACCCACAAGAGAGUUUUACAAAUGAGGUGAGACUGUGUAACCAACAAUGGAAAUUAAUAUGCUUUUAUGGUGGCCAAAGAUGAAAAAAUGGCUUCAUUCUAUAGCCGUCAUAAAUAAGAUGUUUGCUAUUUGUGAAGUUUAGAUUGACAUUUAAAGUGUUGAGUAUAUGUGGAAUACCUACGGAUUUCUCAUAUUUUCUUUUUAAAUGUUUUUUUGAAUGUAGAAGAGUCAAAAGACUGGCUCUUGAAAGGGCCCUUUCUCUUAAAAAAAAAAAAAAAAAGCACGUAAUAUAACCUCUCCCCAUUUUAUAGCUGAGAAAACUGAGACCCUUGUUAGUUGAAGGACUCUUCACCCAUUAGGACUAAGGACAUUGCUGCAGUCCACUGCUGGCCUCUCCUUUCACUCAUCACUGCCCCACAAUGAGGAGAUGCAAUAAAUAGAUUUCAGAGAGGAUGUCUCUAAGCUGUUUUGAACCCUGUGAUCUUAUGGAUUUAUGUGCUUGUCCGUGUCCCUCAACUAGAAUGGAAGCUCCAUGGGUCAGGGACUUCCCUGUGUUUUGUUCAUAUUGUUAUCUCCAGAUCUUGAAACAGAGCCUGGCUCAUAGGAGGUGCUCAGUACAUGUUUGUUGGAUGAAUAAAGGAGAUGGAGGAGAGAGCUAAUGAAAUGAAAACCUUAUGGAGUCUCAGACAAGAAAUCUUCCUGCUAUUGCUAAAGAAACUGUUAGCAAGGUUCUUUUCUACUGAAUCUUCUCAAAGGCAAGAUGUUUAUCUGCAAAGAGAGGGGCUACAAGAUUUAUUCGGGUAGAUUUAUGGGAAAUUCAGGGCCACAAUGCCUUGCUUCGCAGUGGCAGUUUAUAUAGUGUACCAUUCUGUAAAAAUCACAUGGGCUGUGGACACAAGAUGUAUGACCUAAUUACCCAUCAUUCUCGGACACUGUUACUACCUACUAGAAGUUCAAAUACCUUAACAUUGCAGUGUCUGAUAUAAACUUUAAAAUGCAAGGGACUAAAUAAAUAAAUAAAAUGCAAGGGAUUUAGCAUCUUGAAAAACUAUUAUGAAUCUGUACCACGUUUUAAAUUGACUAUAAUCUUUUGAAAUUACAAAAGGUAAUUACAGCCUUUAAGUGCUGUACCUGAGAUUCUGAUAAUCCGUGUGAUCAUUUUUGCUUUCAAGAAGGGGGGAAAAAAUCUGUGAUUAUAAAAAGUGAAGGGUAGAAAGUGGUCAUGGCCUAUUAAAGCUAUUCAUGCUGGCCAAGCUUAGUCGUUGGAGGAUGCUCAACCCAGCAGGUCAGGUGCAGGCAUUUGCUCUGGAGCAAGUGUCCAUUUGGUGAGUCACCCUCUAAUGGGACUGUCUUCUUUUUCGGCUGUAGAGCAUCACAGAAGGGCUUGGAGAGCUGGUCACUAGAUAAUUGAGUGACAUAUUGUAAAACAAAGCAUUGAUUUUACUUUAAUAGCAUCUUUGGAAAAAAAUUUUAUCUCUAGGUAAUCAAAAAUGUAAGCAGUUAAUCUCUUAAGUAAUAACAAGAAAAUGUAUUAUAUUUUUGAAUUAACAGUCUUCCAGAUGAAAACAGCAAGCCAGGAAACCUUUUUUGCAGAUGUAAGAUAACAGGCAUAACAGGUUUUAUAUACAUUAUGAAGACCCUGCACUUCUUUCUGCCUCUCCUCAUUCCUUAUUCUUUCAACCACUGGCCCUAUCCAGAGCCCUUCCUUAUUAUGGAAACCAUUUUAGAGGACAAGAAAGAGCUUUCUGGGGAAAAAAGAAAAAAUACCAUGAGGCCUCUAUAAUAAAUUUUCAGUUUAACUCACACUUUGAAGUGACUGACAAAAUAUUACUAUUUUUUAACAGAGGUAAUGGUUCUUUUUAACAUUUCUGAUCUGAUGUGGCACAUGAGUAUUCUCAGCUGUCUGUCACCCUCUGGAGAGGGGCUAAAGAGGACUCUUCAUGUCUUCUCACCCCUCUCUAUUCUCUUAUUAUGAAAUGAGCAAAUGUUAUAGGAUUUUCAGUGUGCUUGGGAAUACAAUUUUAUUCCCUUGGAAGAUCCUCUGAGGUCAGUUAAUACUGGCAAUUUGGAGGUUUAAAAAUGAGUUUCACUAGGCAUCAGUUCAGUUCAGUCGCUGUCCGACUCUUUGCAACCCAAUGGACUGCAGCACGCCAGGCCUCCCUGUCCAUCACCAACUCCCGGAGUUUACCCAAACUCAUGUCCAUUGAGUCGGUGAUGCCAUCCAACCAUCUCACCCUCUAUUGUCCCCUUCUCCUCCCGCCCUCAAUCUUUCCCAGCAUCAGGGUCUUUUCAGAUGAGUCAGUCCUUCGCAUCAGGUGGCCAUAUUACCAGGCAUAGGCCUUGAGAAAUUCUUUUUUUUUUUUUUUUUCAUUUAUUUUUGUUAGUUGGAGGCUAAUUACUUUACAAUAUUGUAGUGGUUUUUGUCAUACAUUGACAUGAAUCAACCAUGGAUUUACAUGUAUUCCCCAUCCCGAUCCCCCCUCCCACCUUAAAUUCUUGAAUCUAGAAAUUCACUGGAAAAGGAAUUCACCAUCUAUCAAAAAGUUGCAGGUGAAGAAUCAAUGGAUUUGCCUUAUGUUUAGGGGAGGCAGAUACCAUCAUAAAUGCCUAAUGGCAUUUAAUUCACAUGUGAUAUAUUAUCAGCUUUGACUUAAGAUUAGAAGGAUUCAUUAAAGGAACCAAAAAUGCUGUGACUGAAUUUAUUAUAGGUUAUCUUAUUUUUUCCUUUAUACCAAUUUUAAAUUUUAACUUAAAAACAAAAAGUUAAUCUAAAAUAAUGAAAAUUUGUCACACUAACCAUUUUAAACUUUUACGUUUUAAAGUCAGAGACUGGGAUGGCAGUCCAACCAAAAUGUAGGCUUAAUUACUCUUUUCUAUCUCCAGCAGCUCAAUUGUUCACUUUAUUCUAGGUAUAUGCACUUAAGUGAAUGUCGUCCUAGUUCUGCUCAACACUGGGAAAUAUAACAUCAUGUUCUCCUAAGGUAUAUUCCACUUGGAUUCAUGACAUAAAAUGGUCUGGGUCAAAAAUACUGAUACUCUUCCUCAGUCAUUCUAAAAAUUCAUACUAGAAAAUUGUAGUUGGAGCACAUGUCUCUGACACAAAAACCAAAUACAUGUUGAUGAACAUUCACCCAUUCAGAAUAUUCAGAUAUUCUGGACAGAACUCGGGCGCCUAGCCUCACCCUUAUGACAGGCUUUGGCAAACAAAGACUGGGCCUCCUGUUUUUGUAAAUAAAGUUUUACUUGACUGCAGCCAUGUCCAUUUGUUUACAUGCCUCAUGACCAAAUGAUCUGCAAAUCCAAACUACUUGCUAUCCUUAAGAAAUGUUUACUGAUCCUUCCUCUAGAGAGAGCAGAGAAUAAACAGUUAGAAUACCUCAACCAAACAGAUUUGGGUGAGUUUUAAUCUCUUCCAUGAGCAAGGUUUUCAACUCUUCCCUAUCCCAGAGCCAGCAUUCCACAAUUGAAUAAUGGUAACAAGGUCAAGUUCUUUCAGGAAUGAAAAAUCAUAUGAGUUUUGGUUCUGAAAGAGUUAUUGUCAACUAAUGCAAUCUCCUCCCGGCUGAGCACUCAAUAUGGAAGCACUGUUGAUAAUGUUUUUAACUAAAGUGUUCAAUGAGGAUGGAUAGGCCUAACCAUUUGUAUUCAGAAUGAGAAUUGUGAACUCAAGAAACUCAGUCUCCCUGGAUUUUCCUCUGUGAAGCCCUGGAAGUGACACAUGUAUCCAUUUUCUGCCUCACAGUCAGUGGUCUGGAUGCUGACUCCCUUAACUGACUUUUAAAAUGUAAAUAUUCAUUAAUUAAACAAUUAAAAAGUGUGAAA